AUGAUGCCUCGCUCUAGCAGAUCCAGGUUUAAAUUGAGCGAAGAAGAAAAGAAAAAAAGACGUCGUGAACAAAAAAAAUUGAGUAUGCGUAGAGCCAGAUCAAAGUUAGACGCUGUUGCUCUUGAAGAAAGACGCAAAAAAGAUAGAGAAAGAUACCAUCGCAAGAAAGAAGGUCUUAUAAAAACAAUCAAGGACUUUAGGCCCAGAGACCAGCGGCAGGUAAGGAAAAUAUGGCGAGAAAAGGCUAAACUUAGACGUGAGAAAGAAAAAAUUAAGAAAACUACCGAACAAAUAAUACAAGAAAAUACACCACCUUCAAGUCCUUGCCCAUCGUCGAGUUCAUCUUUUUCACGAAUUUCUGUUGGAAAAGCAGUAGCUGCCCGGAAUAAGCAGAAAAUAGCAGACUAA